AUGGAAACAUUUAGUGAAGAAAUGUCAAAUAAUUAUGAAAUGUUAGGGAAAAUUGGAGAAGGAACUUAUGGAACGGUUUUUAAAGCAAAAAGUAAAGAAAAUGGGCAAAUUGUUGCUUUAAAAAUUGUUAAAUUGGAUGAUGAAGAUGAGGGUGUUCCUUCAUCUGCAUUACGUGAGAUUUGUCUUUUACGUGAGCUUAGACAUGGAAAUGUUGUUAGAUUAAAUGAUGUUAUACAUACAGACAAAACGUUGAAUUUAAUUAUUCGUUCAUUAAUGCAACAACUUUUGGCUGGAUUAAGUUAUUGUCAUGCCCAUAAUGUUUUACACAGAGAUUUAAAGCCACAAAAUCUGUUAAUUAGCAACAAUAUUAAAGACUCCCCUCCCCAAUUAAAAUUGGCAGAUUUUGGAUUAGCAAGGCCUUUUGGAAUUCCUGUUCGCUGCUAUAGUGCUGAAGUUGUAACACUUUGGUAUAGACCACCAGACGUUCUUUUUGGGGCAAAACUUUACAAUACUUCCAUAGAUAUUUGGUCUGCUGGAUGUAUUUUUGCUGAAAUUGCCAAUUGUGGUAAACCUCUUUUCCCUGGUGCUGAUGUUGAUGAUCAAUUGAAGAGAAUAUUUAAAUUAUUGGGUACACCUAAUGAAGCUGUGCAGUAG